AUGGAUUCUGAAAAUGACAUAGAAGAGGGUGUCAAUGAUCCAAGGAACGACGGAGACAAAGAUUACGAACAACCACUUGCAGCAAGGAUCAUCGAGGUCGAGGAGCUGACCAAAUGGUCGUUUUACAGAGCCAUCGUUGCCGAGUUCGUUGCCACCUUCUUGUUCCUUUACAUAACUGUCCUAACUGUCAUUGGCUACAAGAGCCAAACGGAUGCCACCAGAAAUUCUGAUCAAUGUGGUGGCGUCGGUAUUCUUGGUGUCGCUUGGGCUUUUGGCGGAAUGAUCUUUGUCCUUGUUUACAACACUGCUGGCAUCUCUGGAGGGCACCUUAACCCUGCGGUCACGUUUGCGCUUUUUCUGGGUAGAAAGGUGACCUUGCCGAGGGCGUUAAUGUACAUCUUGGCUCAAUGUUCGGGUGCGACUUGUGGGUGUGGUAUGGUUAAAGCUUUCCAAAGGGCUUAUUAUAUCGGCUAUGGUGGUGGUGCUAACGAGUUAUCGCAGGGCUAUGGCCGAGGCACGGGGUUAGGGGCCGAGAUUAUUGGUACUUUUAUCCUUGUAUACACUGUUCUCUCCACCACCGAUCCCAAGAGAAACGCUCGUGAUUCCCAUGUUCCCGUAUUGGCACCAUUGCCUAUCGGAUUCGCGGUUUUCAUGGUUCACUUGGCCACAAUCCCUAUAACCGGAACUGGAAUUAACCCGGCUCGUAGUUUGGGUGCUGCAGUUAUGUACAACAAGAAGAAAUCCUGGGAUGAUCAUUGGAUCUUUUGGGUCGGACCGAUGGUCGGGGCAGCCGGAGCACAAUUUUACUAUGAACACAUUUUACAAGCGCAUUUGACGCUAUACCACCACCACCACCAUAUUACGCGUUGAAGAUUACGGUUUUUCGUCGAGGACAAUUUGUCUUACAAAUUUAUCUAAAAGAGUGAUAUUAUCAUAUUAGGGUUCGAAUACGGUACCACUUUAUUUCAAUAGGAUAUGAAUCUAAGCUAAUUAAUGGAGAUAACGUUGU